UCUAACGCAGCGUUGAUGUCUUGAUGGCAAUUCUCAACCCCCUCCGCCGCAAUCACAACCAAAGAACCUCUCAAACUUAGCUCCCCAAAACAAACAAAAGAAAAACAGAGAGAGAGAAGAAACAGAGAAAGUUUAUUGGCUAUAUAAUUUGGGAAAUAUCAGACACACACUUCGAGGCUCCUUUUGCUCUCUUCUCUUUGCUUUUCUUUUCUCUCACAUUCAUUGGGGUCAUAUGUGGCUCCUUUCAUCAUUCCAACAUCAGUUUUGGCCAAAAUCUUUGUAUAAUUGUAUCACAAGAGAAAAAAAAGGUAUCUGCUUCACAUUGAUUGCUCUCAAGGUUUCAAUCUUUCUGUUAAUGGCUAUUUCCUUUAUGACUCUCCAACCACUCCUCUCAUCCCAGCUUUGCUCUGCUGCUCUCUUUCUUUCUUCCAUGAAAGCCAGAAAGCAACUACUCCUCCCCUCUCUGUUUUCCCCUGUCUCUGUUUGAAACCCCAUAGUUAAAGCUUUGCUCUUUAACCAAGUUUAACCAUUUCUGCCUUCUGGGUUCUUCAAAGUUCAAUCCAAGUUCUUCCCCAACUGGGUUUUCCCCUUCCCACAAAACCCAUAUCCCAUUUUGGUGCUGUGCCUCUGUUUUCUCUGUAAUUCAGGGUUUAGGGUUUUAAAGAAAGUUUUUUUCUUGGUUUUUUAAACCCUUUCUGAGCUGGGUUCUCUGUUUUCAGUGAAAAAAUUGAUUGGUUUUGGUUUUACUAAGCAACUGAGGUUAGUUUUAUGAACUGGGUCCUCAAACUUGAUGGGUAUUGCAAACUCUAAGACCGACAAGGACGCAGCUCUGUGUCUGUGUAAAGAGCGCAAGAGGUUCAUCAAGCAAGCAAUUGAUUCAAGGUAUGCAUUGGCUGCUUCCCAUGUCUCUUAUACCAACUCACUUCGCACCAUUGGCAUUGCUCUCCGGCGUUACGCCGAGGCUGAGGUGUUGAUAGAGUCUUCUCUGUGCACCUCAGACAAGACCCCAUCACACUCCUCCUACCCAUCGCCGUCGCCGUCCCCGAAGGUUUCUGGGUCUCCAUUGCACAAUGAGAGGCCCAUUUCGCCUCCAGGGGUGGCGACAUUGAGUUACAUGAGGUCAGGAGGAGGUGCUGCUGCUGUCACUAUGAGGUUUACUCCCGUUAGUAGUAGCUAUGUGGAUGAGGAGAUUCCAUUGCCGCCGCCGCCGCCGCCGGAUUCUUCGUGGGAUUACUUUGAUCCUGUUGAUGCUGAGGAGAGUGAGAGCUUCCGGUUUGUGGGGAGUAGUGGAGUGGAUGUGAAUUGUGAUGAUAUAAAAGGGUGGAGACAGAUGAGGAGUGAAGAGGGUGAUUAUAAUGUGGGAGAGGCUAGGGGAAGAUGGGCAAAGGCGGCGGGGAGUAAUGAACUUGAGGAAGGAACUAAGAUGUUGGAGCAAGGGAGUGGUGAAGUUUCAGGUGAUUUAGUGACUCAAAUUGGAAAUGAGGAGCAUAAUGUGAAUCCAAUGAGCUCUGGAGGAGUUGAGUUUGAGUCCAGACAGUUAGUGGUGGGACGAAGAAAUGGCAAUGAGGCUUCAAAGAGGGAGAGGAGUGUUGGUGAGAAGGAUUUAUGUGAUGAGAGAGAGGACCCUUCGGAGUUUAUUACCCACAGAGCUAAAGACUUUCUUUCAAGCAUAAAGGAUAUUGAGAAUCGUUUUUUCAGAGCCUCGGAAUCUGGGAAAGAGGUCUCAAGGAUGCUUGAGUCGAAUAAAAUCAGGGUUGGAUAUUCGGAGGCAAAAGGUAGGUCACCAGGGCUGGCUCUUCUUGGGACUUUCAAGCUUGUCUGUUGCCAGGGAAAGUCUUCACUUGUUUCUAGUGAACCUGAACAUGUUACCAAAAUAAUUGUUUGGAAGCGAACAACAUCUUCGAGAUCUUCAUCAUCAAGGAGUCCCCUUGCUACAGCAUCAAAAGAUGAUGGUGAUGACAGUGGAAGUGAUUUUAUUGAAGAGUUCUGUAUGAUUGCAGGAAGUCAUUCCUCCACUCUAGAUAGACUGUAUGCAUGGGAAAGAAAGCUAUAUGAUGAAGUGAAGGCUAGUGAAUCUAUCAGGAAGCUGUAUGAUGUGAAGUGUGAUCAACUUAGGAAUCAGUCUGCGAAGGAUUCUAGCAGCCAGAUUAUUGAUAAAACCAGGGCAAUUGUAAAGGACCUACAUUCACGAAUAAGAGUGGCACUUCAUUCUGUUGAUUCAAUAUCAAAGCGGAUUGAGAAAAUGAGGGAUGAUGAAUUGCUUCCACAACUUUUAGAACUAAAUCAGGGAUUAACUAGGAUGUGGAAGGCCAUGCUUGAAUGCCAUCAUGCCCAAUAUAUCACCAUCUCACUUGCAUAUCAUUCAAAGAGCUCAACUGUAACCCCCCAAGGAGAUGGUCGCAGACAGAUCAUGGCUCAACUUUUGGAAGAGAUUGAAUGCUUUGGCCUAAGCUUUGCAAAUUGGAUCAACAGCCUUACUUCAUAUGUAGAAGCUCUGAAUGGUUGGCUACAACACUGCAUUAUGCAACCUCAGGAGCGUUCCAAAAGCAGAAGGUCCUCCGCAUUCUCCCCUCGCCGAGUUGUGGCCCCACCAAUAUUCGUUCUGUUUCGAGAUUGGGCAGCUGGGAUCAGAGGAUUGCCAUCUACUGAACUUACUGAUGCAGUCAGAACCUUCUUAUCAGACCUGCGUCAUUUGAUGGAACAACAAGCCAGCACACAGAAAAACCAGAGGGCAGCUGAUGCAAACAACGGAGAAUCAGAGAACAAAGAAGAUGAGGAGAACAAAGAUGAUGAGAACUGUGAAGAAUCAUCUUCGAACCUGAACUGCAUACAUGCGAGCUUGACUAAAGUUCUUGAUCGACUGACUAAAUUUUCCGAGGCAUCAUUGAAGAUGUAUGAAGAUAUCAGACAGAAAAGUGAAGCAGCGAGAAAUGCAUAUUCAAACUGCACCAGGCCUAUUAGACACUAAAGUUGAUGUAAGUAUCACAUAUAAGCAUCGCUUUUUGUUUGUGAUUAGAAACCAAGUGUUACUAAAGUUGAGUGCUCUAAAGAGCUGGGUAGGAUGACUGCAUAGUUUGGAGCGAUAUUAGUUGGGAUGAUUGAGUACUGAACCAAAAGGAAGAGUUUGUCAGCCAAAGGUUUUGUUUUUUGUUUUUUGUUUUCCCUCUCAUUAUCCUGAUUGGUUUCAUCUUGGAAUAGGAAGAGCAUAGACCCCCAAUAUCGAGACGCCUUGCUGUGUUAUUGGCUGGCAAGGUCUUGAACCAGGCUAAUGCUCCAGCUCUCAGCAUGACCUUGCGUUUGAAGCUGUUUGGACAAUGAUAAAUUGGGGCCAUGCACUUCUUAUUUCAUGAGUGUCACGCUGGAGACCUUGGCUUAAACGUACUAGUUGCCUGAAGUCCCUUUCAGAAACAGGCCAUUAUAGGAUCGCAGGUUUACGGUUUAGGGUCGCAGGUUGAGGAGAAAUGUGGAUAAGAUUAUGUUAAAAUCAUAGCUCUCCAACUCCAAGGAUAACUCUUGAACUGGUUGCAGAUUUUAGGGACCUUAAAUGCACAUCAAGCUCGGAACUUUCUUAUCGAUAACUGUAGAUUUGGUUAGAUGAGAAGCCCUUCUCAGGAAGGGAGGUGUCGGGGUGCAGCCAUAUAUGGUGCAUGGUAAAUGGCAAAGAUGA